ACACUACACAUACUCAAUAUAUAUAACCACGUUUACGAACUCUGUUGAAUAAUAAUGCAAAAGGGGUUUUUUUACGGUGACACCCGUUGUCUCAAUCUCCUUCCCUCCAGGGAUCUUCUGGACAAAAGCAGGCACUCAAACCGAUCCUCCCCGGCUUCAGCUCCCGUCACCCACCAGAUCAGCAACCUCAUCCGUAGCAACAGCCAGGCGGCGAGUGAUUCCAGCCGGCAGGUUGCCCUCCUGGAACGAGACCGAUCUAAAGAUCUGGAGAGAGAGAUUCCCGACCGGCUCAGAGAUCCCCCUCCGGUGGUGGAGCAGAAGAUCAAAGAAAGCCGCUCCCCGGUGAAGGAACCUCCCAGCCAUGAAAAGAGAUCCCUGGAGGACAAUACCAAGCCCGUAAUCCAGUCGGUUUCUCCUUACAGCAAGCCGGCCUUGAGCGAGAGCUUGAAACUCAGCAACCUGAUGAACAAGGACGUGGAGAGGAAGCCGGAGCUGCUGGCGGACCUCCAGAAGAUCAAGAACGACGUCAAAGUCAAAGAAGAGCGCAAAGAGGAGAGCGAUGUCUUGGUGGUGAGCUCAGAAACUUCGCAGCAUCCCCGCGGCGCCGAGCACCCGCCACCCGCUUCUCUCCACGGCUUGCCCCUGCCUCACACCAUGGCGGCCGCCAUGCCCAUCUCUAUGGGCAGCGUCCAUCAGAUGAACAACAUGAACGUUUUGGAACGUAGCCGGAUGAUGACCCCGCUGAUGGGCAUGAACCCGCUUGCGGGGCGGGAGAGGCUACCCCACCCGGGCUUUUCCUGGGACCCCAUGAGGGACCCCUUGCGCGACGCCUACCGCAGCUUAGACCUGCACCGCCGGAUGGACUUCCAGCUCCGGUCGGAUCCCAUCCACCGGUUUCCCGCUGCCUCGGGAUUUUAUGACCACGAGCGCUCUUACCGGGACCGCGAACCCCAUGACUACAACCACGAGAACCUUCUGGAAGCGCGCCGGGAGCAGGAGCGUCUCCGGCAAGCGGAAGAGCGGGAGAGGUUGCACUUACGGGAGGAACUCGAGCGUGUCAGGAUGCACCACUUGCACACCUCCCCCAUUGAAAGCCACCUGGCCCACAUGCCUUCCUUCAUGUCUCAUCUCAGCAGCAUGCAUUACCCCAGGCUCAGCCCUUCGGCCGCCAUGCACAACGGGAUUUUGAGCCGGAACCCGCCCACUGCCGCGCUCAGCGCUCCACCCCCAUUGGUCCCAGCGAGUAGUACGAGACCCUCCUCCCCACGUCGGACUACCCCGCUCACAAACCCGGAAUCGCGGGAUUAUUCCCCUUCUAGCAAUGCCAAAGAAGUCGAGGCACGAUAGCUCCCGGCCCGCCUGCAGGAUAAUUGUUUUUUGUUUUUUCCAAAUUUACCUGUAUAAAUAAUAGAGGAGGACAGGGGGGGAGGGGAAUGGGGUUGGGGGGGGGGAAACCCCCCUUUUUUUAAAACAAAAAGAAAAUGCACUGCUGUAAAACUUUUUUUAAAACAAAAAAAAACUGUAAAAUUUGUAGAAAUGAAGCACAGUUGCAAAACGCGACGGAAGGGAGGGGAAGUGGGGGAUCGCGCAGAAGGAGGCAUCCAAAGGUUGCAAACCUUUCGAGACCGCACGGUUGCUGACAAAGAAAAAGAAAUGGAAAAUUUUAAUAUAUAGGUCUUUGGUUUUUUGUUUUUUUUUCUUCUUGUUUCCUGGUUUUAUUCUGUUCUUUUCUUUCUUUCUUUUUUUUCCUCCUCCCCUUUUGCUUCUGUGCUGAGUUUAAACUAUUACCAGGUUUGUACAUUUUAUUUUAUUUUUAUUUUUCGUUGUUGCCCCAAAUGCCAGGAACAUUUUUAAUGAAUGUAUUUUUUUUUUAAAUUUUGUGCUCUUUGUUCACACACACACACACACACACACACACAACACAUGCGAAAAGAAAAGAAAAGGAAGUUUUUGUUUCUAGUUUAAAUUUUGUGGCCUCAGAUCCUUAAGUAAAAGAAAAACAAAAACAAACCAUACAUCCAGGGUUUCUUAAAAGUAUUAUUUAUGGAGAUUAACUGUA